AUGGAGCUGAGCCAGCCGGCCACGGCUGGAAGCAAGUGGACUCGCCGGCAACCCGCGCGCCAGGGGGCUCGCCGCGGAGCCCAGAGAGUCGCCGCCCGCCGGCUCAGGAUGCCUUUUGCCAAGCGGAUCGUGGAGCCCCAGUGGCUGUGCCGGCAGCGGCGCCCGGCGCCCGCCGCCGUGCUGCUCAUGCUGGACCUGUGCGCCGUCAGCAACGCCGCGCUGGCCCGCGUGCUCCGGCAGCUCUCGGACGUGGCCCGGCACGCGUGCAGCCUCUUCCAGGAGCUCGAGAGCGACAUCCAGCUCACCCACCGCCGCGUCUGGGCGCUGCAGAGCAAGCUGGGCGGCGUGCAGCGCGUCCUGGGCACGCUGGACCCCAAGCAGGAGGCAGUGCCGGUUUCCAACCUGGACGUGGAGAGUAAGCUGAGCGUGUACUACCGAGCCCCGUGGCACCAACAGAGGAACAUCUUCGUCCCAGCCACCCGGCCGCCCUGUGUGGAGGAGCUACACCGCCAUGCCAGGCAGAGCAUGCAAGCCCUGCGCAGAGAACACCGGAGCCGGAGUGAUCGCCGUGAGCAGAGAGCCGCUGCCCCCCUUUCUGCCGCCGCUCCUCCGCUGCCAGCCUACCCACCGGCGCAUAGCCAGAGGAGGCGCGAGGCGAAGGACCGUCACUUCUUAAUGUUUAACAGCACUCGUUCGCCCUCCCCCACUGAGUGUUGCCACAUGACCCCGUGGAGUAGAAAGUCCCAUCCCCCAGAGGAUGAAGAAACAGAUGUCAUGUUAGGGCAAAGGCCGAAAAAUCCAAUACACAACAUUCCUUCCACCCUGGACAAGCAGACCAACUGGAGCAAAGCCCUACCUCUCCCCACGCCAGAGGAGAAGAUGAAGCAAGAUGCCCAAGUGAUCUCUUCCUGCAUCAUUCCCAUCAACGUGACAGGCGUUGGUUUCGACAGAGAGGCUAGUAUACGCUGUUCUCUUGUUCAUUCUCAAUCCGUACUACAGCGGAGACGCAAACUGAGGAGAAGGAAAACCAUCUCGGGGAUCCCCAGAAGAGUCCAGCAGGAAAUAGAUUCUGACGAGUCCCCCGUGGCCAGGGAAAGGAACGUGAUUGUGCACACAAACCCGGACCCCACCGGUGCUGUCAACAGGAGGUCUGGCACCAGGGACUCCGAGUGCCAGACUGAGGAUAUUCUUAUUGCCGCUCCGUCCCGAAGGCGAAUCAGAGCGCAGAGGGGCCAGAGCAUCGCGGCUUCGCUUUCUCACUCUGCUGGCAACAUCUCGGCGCUAGCAGACAAAGGCGACACCAUGUUUACCACUGCAGUGAGCAGCCGCACACGAUCUCGGAGCCUGCCCCGGGAGGGUAACAGAGGUGGGGAAGCUGAGCCCGACGUUGGUGCUAAACCCUCAGCAUAUGAAGAGGGGGAACCUUUCAUAGAUGACCAUGCACGAGCCCCCAAUGAUUGCAGUGAGGCCCCAAGCAGCCCAGGGGCACAGGAACACCCGCCUGCCUUAGGCCUGGCCUGCUCACAGCAUCUUCACAGUCCCCAGCACAAGUUAAGUGAGAGAGGGAGGUCUCGUCUGUCCAGAAUGGCUGCCGACUCGGGAAGCUGUGAUAUCUCCUCCAAUUCAGACACCUUUGGGAGCCCCAUCCACUGCAUCUCCACGGCGGGCGUCCUCCUCAGCAGCCACAUGGACCAGAAAGAUGACCACCAGUCGUCCAGUGGGAACUGGAGUGGCAGCAGCUCCACCUGCCCUUCACAGACCUCAGAGACCAUCCCGCCUGCCGCCUCCCCUCCCCUCACUGGCUCUUCACACUGUGACUCCGAGCUGUCACUGAACGCGGCCCCUCACGCCAGUGAGGACUCCAGUGUCUUCGUGGCCGAGCAGUACAAUGACCACGUGGAUAAAGUGCGAGGCCACCGGGCAAACUCCUUUACCUCCACGGUUGCCGAUCUGCUAGACGACCCAAACAAUAGCAACACAAGUGACAGCGAGUGGAACUACCUGCACCACCAUCACGAUGCCUCCUGCCGCCAGGAUUUUAGUCCUGAGCGCCCCAAGGCGGACAGCCUGGGCUGCCCGAGCUUCACCAGCAUGGGCACGUACGACAGCUUUCUGGAAAAGUCCCCAUCUGAUAAGGCUGACACAGGCUCUCACUUUUCGGUGGAUACGGAAGGGUACUAUACCUCCAUGCAUUUUGACUGUGGUCUCAAAGCUAAUAAGAGUUAUGUCUGUCACUAUGCAGCCCUGGGCCCGGAGAAUGGCCAGGGCAUUGGGGUUCCUCCUAGCGUUCCAGAAUGUGCCUGGCCCGACUACUUAGACUCCAGGAGGCAAGGACGACCCAGCAUCUCUUUCAGAAAACCAAAGGCAAAGCCUACCCCGCCUAAGCGGAGCUCCUCCUUGAGAAAGGCUGAAGGGAAUGCCGAUGUUUCUGAGAAGAAAGAACCAAAGAUAAGCAGUGGUCAGCACCUGCCUCACAGUUCCAGGGAAAUGAAGCUGCCUCUUGAUUUCUCCAACACGCCUUCUCGGGUGGAAAAUGCCAAUCUUCCCGCCAAGCAAGAACCUUCUUGGGUGAACGCAAGUGAACACGGUAUGAAUGAACCUCCGUUAGACACUGCAGAUAUCCCGCCAUUCAAAGAUGAAGGUGCUGAAUCAACUCACUAUGCAGAUCUCUGGCUUCUCAACGACUUGAAAACAAAUGAUCCGUAUCGAUCGUUAUCUAAUUCAAGCACGGCUACGGGUACCACAGUCAUCGAAUGCAUCAAAUCUCCAGAGAGCUCUGAAUCCCAAACAUCCCAAUCAGAGUCCAGAGCCACCACCCCAUCCCUACCUUCGGUUGACAAUGAGUUUAAACUGGUUUCACCAGAAAAGCUGGCUGGCUUGGCGUCCCCAUCAAGUGGCUAUUCAAGCCAGUCUGAGACGCCGACCUCCUCUUUCCCUACAGCUUUCUUUUCUGGCCCAUUGUCUCCUGGAGGCAGCAAAAGAAAGCCUAAAGUCCCCGAAAGGAAAUCCUCCCUACAGCAACCAUCCUUAAAAGAUGGAACUCUCUCACUGAGCAAAGACCUUGAACUUCCAAUUAUACCUCCUACUCAUCUUGACCUAAGUGCUCUUCAUAGUGUCUUGAACAAACCGUUCCACCACCGCCACCCACUGCACGUGUUUGGUCAUAAUAAGAACACAGUGGGCGACACACUGAGGUCUCAUCCUCCACCAUCCCUCGCGAUUACACCGACAGUUCUGAAAUCUGUUAACCUUCGGUCCAUCAAUAAGUCGGAAGAAGCUCAGCAAAAAGAAGGCAACAAUACGGGUCUCCCUUACGUAGAGGAAAGCACUCUCACAAUGCCUGCCUUGUCUCCAGGGAAGAUUAGGCCAAAUCUAGCCAAGAAGUCACUAUCCCGCCAGUACUCCACCGAAGACGCCAUACUGUCCUUUUUAGACACCUCUGCGGUUGAGAUGGGACCAGAUAAACUACAUUUAGACAAAAGACUUAUGCUUGAUGUGAAGAAUCACUGCGAUCCAGAGAACGCAACCUCAGCGGGCAGCAAUCGUCUAGACUCAAGUGUCACAAAAGACCAAAUACAUAGGAAGUGUGAGCCUGGUCCAGGAAAUGCACCAAGUAAAAACUAUGACUUUUCCCCAGAGGACUUUCCGAGAGUCUCGGCUGCCCAUGCAAAUGAUUUUGAUGCUAAAAUAACACAGUGCGGGGCUGGUCUGGAUGGAACCCUAGAACAGGGCCACAAGGGAGUUUGGGAGGAAAUUGCCCAACCUGAAUCUAUGGGUAUACUCAUGUCUCAGUCAAACUCCCCAACAACAGCAGCCGACAUAAGCAAUCAAGUUAAAUAUCAACUUGCUAUGAACCACCACAAUGACAAAGUGCCUGGGAAUAUCAGUUAUGAAUCUGAGGUAUCAACUGUAAAGUCAGUCCCUGACAAAUGUUCUGAGCAGGAAAAUAUUGCUUCAGGUAUUUCCGCCAAAAGUGCCUCUGAUACCAGCAGAGCAGAGGAGCUCCAAGGAAUUUGGGACGAGACUUCCUGGAAAGAAUCGUCACCAAGUGAUGACUCCAUGAUGUCGCCACUCAGUGAAGACGCUCAAGCUGACGUGGAAGGUGCAUUCGUGUCUCCGAACAAACCUCGGACAACUGAGGAUUUAUUUGCAGUCAUUCACAGAUCCAAGCGGAAAGUACUUGGAAGGAAAGAUUCCGGGGACAUGUCUGUUCGAAACAAAACCAGAGUGUCCACCGGCAGCAGUGGCAGCAGUGCGGGCUCCAUCGCUUCCACCAGCAGCACCGUGACCACCGCCACCAGCCAGAGGUCCCCUGGGCUCAUCUACCGCAAUGCCAAAAAGUCCAACACCUCCAACGAAGAGUUCAAGCUCUUACUGCUCAAGAAGGGCAGCCGCUCUGAUUCCAGUUACCGCAUGUCUGCCACCGAGAUCCUGAAGAGUCCCAUCCUGCCCAAACCCCCCGGGGAGCUGGCAGCCGAUUCCCCGCAGGUCACUGAUGAGGCCCAUCAGGGCUCCCCCGGGGCAGAGGCACUGUCCCCUCUCUCUCCAUGCUCCCCACGAGUGAAUGCAGAGGGGUUUUCCUCCAAGAACUUUGCCACCUCCGCAUCGGCAAGGAUUGGACGGUCCCGGGCACCCCCCGUCGCCAGCAGCAGCCGCUACAGCGUCCGCUGCCGGCUGUACAAUACGCCCAUGCAGGCCAUCUCCGAGGGCGAGACGGAGAACUCCGACGGGAGCCCCCACGACGACCGCUCCUCCCAGAGCUCCACCUAGACGGGCCUGGGCUCCGUGGCCUGUUGCAAGUCCAAACUCCGAGUUGGACGAGAAGGGAACAGAGGCCUCGGGGAGAAGUCAGAGAAGCGGGAGGUUCCAUCCUUGCUUACCAAUGCGUUGAUAAAUACAUGCUGGCUGGGGAGCAGGAAGUAGUUUUGUCAUUCCUUAUUAUUUUACUUUUGUUUUGUAGUUUCGGUAGCUGCACGGUUCUUUAUGGUUUCCUUUUCCUUCGUUAGAUUGACCCAAUCCUAGUCCAUGGGAUAAUGUAGAGUCCCCAAAGACCUACUUUUCAUGACCGCUAGAAAAACCUUUUCCCAGAGCUGCCUAUUCAGAAACUAAAGCCCCUCACUGUCACGAUUCUUGAAGACAACGAAAUUACUCUGGAGGUUUGGUAUUUUUUUACAUUCAAAUGAACUAGAGCAAAAUUUAGAAGAAAGAACUACACAUAUGUAAAUACCAUAUUUUUGAUAAAAUGUGUAAAUAGAUUUAUCAAUGAUGAGUGGACAUGUGGCCAACUAUUUACCGCACACCAACUGCUUAUAGAAGCAAACCACAACAAAAUAGAAUGUAAUAACUGUAUUCUGUGAAUACCAUUUUCAUAUCAAAUAGCAUAUCUAAAUGUCCACCAAUAAGAUUUUCUGAAUGAUAAACCUCACCUAUAACUCAAGCUGAUGAAAAAAAAAGAUGAAAUCUUAAGGUCAUGGACUGAAAUGUGAUGAAUAUAAAGAUGAUGAAUUCAGACUUCAUCACGUCUCGUGACAAAUUCCAGCCCCAAACAAGCUAAUAGCAAUGCAUGGCUGCGAUUCGCCAUGAGGUAAUUUGGGCAGAAUGAAAAGCAUGCUUCUGAUUGUUUUCUUUCAUUAACGAGAGAAGCCAUCACUCUCGACACCAAGCCCUGACCAACAGCAUCUGACAGUGUCCUUUCAACUUUGAUUUUUCAGUGGAUCGCUUUAUCGAGAAUGAGUAGGGACACGGUCGUCCAUGUUAGGUUAAAGCUUUACAUUCGGCUACUGGGGAUAUCAACAGUUAUAAUCUAAUGACUACACUCUUCAAACUCCUUAACCAAUUUUGCGAUUAACGCCAGGUUCCUCAAUGAGCCGACAUCAAACCCAAGCAUGCCACAGAGCUAUUGAUUUGUCAGAAAGUACCUGCAGUGAGUUUUCAGCGACGCUUUCUCUCUGGGCUGAAGCGAUUUAUGCUACCUAAAAAAGAACAGAAAUGACACUGUGAAGAAUGUAGCUGGGAAAUAAGGAUGUAUAUGCAUUAUUUAUAGUGGCUGUUAAACUGGGAACGGGGAACAGCUCUGCUUCACAACGCUACAUACCACUAAGUUUUGUCCGGUUUUACUGUAUCUGCUUGGUGGGUGGGAGAGGAAAGGUCAGGGCCAGGGCUCUGAUCAAAUGAAGGCAGGGAAACAAGCUGAGUUACUUGAAAUUACUUGAACUUUCUUGUCUGAAAACUGUAGUUAAUAAAAUUGAAAUCUGCAAGUAUUUGCAUCUCUGAUUCGAACAUGAACUGAUACUGAUGUUUGAAACAGUAUGUCAGAAAUACAAGCAGCUAUGUAUGUAGAGUAUAUUUCGAAUGGGAGGAGGUAGAGUCGAGAGAACUAAGACGAGAUGCGGCCUAUAAAAGAAUAGAAUGUGGUUAGAAUGAUAGAACAUACCAGGGUUAUCAAGAAAUUGAUACACAGCAGGCUUUAAGCUUAUGCAAGUGGUAUUUGGUCCAGAAGGAUGUGUGAAAGAGGGUUGUGCUUUUGAUUUACUUUAUGCAGUAUACAGGGGAAAGCCUGGUGUGAGAAGAUACUGCCUUUCAAUAGAAACACUUUAUAAAAUGUUAUAGAUUAGGUAUUAGAGACUCGGAUUGUUGUUGGUUUUUUGUUUGUAAAGAAAAAAAGUCUGGUUUCUUCUAAUUGUUUUCACUAUCAAAUUGUGUUUCUUGAUUUCUUGUCAUCCUUGUAUGUAAAAUGGGUGCUGGGGGUGGAGGGGUAGAGAAGGAGGGAGUGUGUGUGUGUGUGUGUACACGUGUGUGUGAGUGUGUUGGGAUAGAUAAGCUAUUUGGUAGAGGGUUUGAACAUUUACAAAGUGUUGCCAAUUUUUAUUAAAAGAAACUGUUUGGGGGUUUGAAAACUGGACCACCAUUUCUCCUUGGAAUCCAUUAGUUAAGAAAGCCAGCGUGGUUUGACACCACAUGGAAACAUGAGUGAUUUUUUUUUCUCUCUCAUGCUUUGAAAGGUAUACUUGGUAAAUUUUUUAAAAUUUGAGUUUUUAGACAAAUUGAGAUAAGAAACCGUCAUUCCAGUCACAAUAGUUGAUCUUUUUGUAAUUUUCAUAAAAGCAGUUCAUUUGCAGUAUGGCUUUUGUGUAGUAAAGGGGGUUUUUAAGCUUAAAGAAAGGUAUGUAGACAGUAAAAAUCUAUUCUAAAUCUUGAAUAGAAAACCCAUGAAUUGGCUUUAAUAAAAAUGUCACCUCUCUAUUAUUGACAUUAAUUUAAGUAAUGGUACCAUAUAUAUUUUAGAAUACAUAUUGACUUGAAUUGUGAGGCAAUAAGAUAGCUUCUAUAUGUAAUGAUCAGAGAACUAACCCUUAUAAUAUAGUUUUACUUAUUUUGUUUACUCUAAAAAUCUAUAGCAGAGUUUCUCUAUUUUAUAUUUCAUAGUUAAUAAAAAGAAACCCAAAUAAAGAAGAAUUUACAAUUCACUGGGGCAAAGAAUAUUGAGUUAACAAAGAGUAAAAAAGCAAGAAUUCCUUAGCAAUUAGAAUUAUGCUACAUGGCUUUCAAGCUCUCAGAACCAAGAGAUAGGGCUGACUUGAACUUCACUGCUGUCUUAAAGCAGGAUACACACAGUAGGUAUCAUAAAGAGCACGAAUCCAAACUUUUCUUCUGUUGUUUGCGCUGAUGUUAAUUUUUUUCCUUUUGCGUUCAUACAGCCAUGUCUAUGUUGUAUGGGGGAUUUUUUUUUUCUUGCUUUUUGAUUCUGCUUUUUUCUCUUUUUUUAUUUUUCUUUUUUGGCUAAGUAGAGGAAUUGGACUAGUGGUAGCAAACACAACAACAGUUUGCUCUUGCCAAAGGUCAGUGAGUGUGUGCAUUUGCUGCCGUUUUGGCAGAUUUAGAGUACUAGAUCAAGACAAAGAUUUUCAAACUAUUAAGAAGGUUACAGUGUAACUAUAUUGGUACUAGAACCAGUUCAUGCUGGCCGAAAAGACAGCGGUUUGCGGACUUGCAUCCAUUUUGUAUUUUUGUAAUAUCUGUAAAUAUGAACUUUCUAAAUUGUUGCAAAGAUGGUUUCUUUUGUAAGAUGUUUUCAACGUUUACAUUCAAUCCAAGCCUUUGUAUAUUUUAGAGCUGUGCAACACUUUUAAGUCUUGUAUUUAUUUUUAGUAAAAAUGGUGACAGUUUCAUUGUGAACCCCUCUUCAAAAAUGUACCAGAAAAGUUUGAUUACCUAGAAUGUGUGUAUAGAAACUGCAAAUAAACGUGACUGCAAUUCAA